GAAAGAAUGUCCUCGUUCACAGAAACGGGGCUGGUGAAGAAGCUGUUCGAACUCAACCAAAGUCAGCAAAGUAUUCAAACCCUUUCACUGUGGUUGAUUCAUCACCGAAAGCAUCACUCAAUAAUCGUUAAAACAUGGCUGAAAGAGCUCCAGCGAGCACCUGCAGCGAAGAAGCUCACCUUCAUGUACCUGGCGAACGAUGUGAUACAGAACAGUAAAAAGAAGGGGCCCGAGUUUGGGCGCGAGUUUGAACACGUGCUGUUAAAAGCGUUCAAAAAUGUAGCACAGUCAUCACCGGAGCCGAAAACAAUCAACAGCCUCAACAGAAUUCUUGGGAUAUGGGGAGAUCGGGCUGUGUACGAGGAACCUAAGAUCAAGGAGUACUCGACGGUACUAAAUGGAACGGAUACAAUCCCUAAGGUGGAGGUAAACGGAAGUGAAAAAAAGCGGAAAGGUGACAGUAACAGCAAUGAGAGUGAUUCAUCGAAAAAACCUCGUACAGCCGUCGUAACGGAGAAGAAAGUGAAGAGUGAAGUAGUAGAGGUUAACGGAAAGGUAGAAACACACAUUACACUCAGUCCCCAUCAGCCAGACGGUGAUCCUCCUGAACCGGAGGACCUUAUUAAGGUUAUUUUGGAACUGGAAAAUUCAGCAUCAAGUGAUGCUGCAGUGCGCGAAAGAAUAGCCAGCCUUAAACCAGAGGUGUCCGAAUUAGCUGCACUAGACAAGCUGGAAGACAAAGAUGCAGCAAUAAAACUGGCCGCAGAUGUUAACGAUGCCAUCAAGAUUCUAAAUGAUUAUAACGCGCGGCUGGCAGUGGAAAUGGAUGACCGCAAGAAGCUGACGACCAUGCUGAGAGAUUUCUUACGCGAGCAGCAGGAACUUCAACAGCAAGUGGAAAAUCGACUAGUGGAAUACCAGAACAAACUUUCUAAAAUCAAAGAAGUACAAAAAGAAGUUAGAAACCAUAUGAACAAUCUGCCCGACUUGACCUCCCUCCCGGAUGUGACCGGUGGUCUGGCACCGUUACCAUCGGCUGGCGAUUUGUUCAACGCACAUCAUCACUAG